CAAGAAAGUAAAGUUAUAAAUUUAUCUUGAGAACGAUAAGUAGUGUGGAACCAGUGCAGUGCAGCCAUUGAAUUGUGCUAAAAAAUGCAAGUAGUGUCAAGGUUUCGCCUCUUCAAUUUCCAUCUCUUCUCCACUUUCCCUCAAUCUACCAAUCUCCCUUAUUCACUUCCCAAAAUCCCCUUUUCUCAAAAUUCAUACCCAAAAAAUCCCCAUUUCUCUAUUCAUGCCUUUACUUCAAAAACCUUUAAAUCUUCAGCUACAACUUCAGAAUCAGCAGCUUCAAUAUUAGCCAAGAAAGUACUAUUCAUGGCUCCAGGAGUUGAACCCGAAGAUAUAACCGAAGAUAUGAUUUUACCCGGAUCCAAUAUCGUUGUGGGGCCCUAUGCGGGGGACUCUAAAAUUAAAGAGGUGGAGUUUGUGAAGAGUAGUAAUAAACCUAAGGAUUGUCCAAAAGAUGAGAAACCCGAAUUUGCUAUGUUGGGUCGGUCCAAUGUUGGAAAAUCAUCGCUUAUUAAUGCUUUGUGUAAGAAGAAAGAGGUUGCUCUUACUUCUAAGAAACCAGGGAAGACUCAACUGAUUAAUCAUUUCUUGGUGAACAAGAGUUGGUACAUUGUGGAUUUGCCUGGUUAUGGUUUUGCUAAUGCUUCUGAAGCUGCUAGAAUGGAUUGGUCCUCCUUCACAAAAGGUUACUUUUUAAAUCGAGAUACCUUGGUGUCAGUUCUGCUUCUAAUUGAUGCUAGUGUACCCCCUCAGAAGAUUGACCUUGAUUGUGCUAAUUGGCUCGGACGCAAUAAGAUACCAAUAACUUUCGUUUUCACGAAGUGUGACAAAAUGAAGGGAGGGAAGGCAAAAAGGCCCGACGAGAAUAUUAGAGAUUUCCAAGAGCUUAUCAGGCAGAAUUAUCAGCAUCCACCUGCAUGGAUAAUGACUAGUAGCGUCUCUGGUUUGGGCAGGGAUGAGCUACUUCUGCAUAUGUCACAGCUGCGGAACUAUUGGAACAAUGAAUAGCUCAAGAAAAGCGUUAGCAUUAUUUUCUGAGGACACCACGUAGGAUGUAUUCAAACUCAAUUUUAGAUUGUGUUACAUGGUUUGCAGUUUGCACGCCCACAAGACUUUCAACUUUCAAGGGACAACUGGAUUGAAGACUAUAUCCUUGUCCUAUGGUCCCCAAACAUCCAAUUCUAACCCCACGUGAGACUGAGUUAUUAGAAUGUUUAGAAAUAAGACAUGCAAAUGCAGUUAUCCUUUACUAAAAAAGUAACUCGGUGCACAAGAUAUUCCGUAUUUAUACCAGACAGGAUUUAGGGAAUGAAGAAAGUCCUGAGAAGGAGUAUUCUGGUAAGAAGGAAAAAUCUACUGGGAAGGAGAAAGGUGUUGGGAAGAAGAAGUCCGACGAGAGAAAGCCAAGUAGUAGUGAGGAACCUGGUUCCUUAAAAAGGGCCAAAGAUGAUGUGCCUAAGAUUGAAAAAUAAAAAAUCAAACCUGAAGAAGCAAAAAGUGCUAUGGGGAAGGGUUUUUGAUACCGACAUUUUUGACAAGUCAGGCAUGAGGCAAUUGGCUGAAAUAUGAAAAUUCCAAAAGUGGACUCAUCUGUUUACUGUUCAGAGUUCAAAGGUUUAUGAGGAGGAAGUUCGCAGUUUUUAUGAUGAUCUGUUCACUGUGGAGGAUGAAAACAUUUCCUUGAAGGUAAAUGGGUGGAUUUUGUGUUUGAUGAGGCUGUGCUGGGACAUAUUCUUGAUAUGCAUGCUGAGGGGAUCUCAAUUGUUGAGAGGACUUGUUCCCGAAGUUUUAGGAAGCUGAUUCUAAAGCCUCAAGCUGUUCAACAAGGGGAACGAGUGCAUAAGAGGGUACUACUUCCAGAAUACCAACUCAUGUUUGAGAUGGUGAACAAGGUCCUGCUAUCGCGAGCUGAAAGACGAUCCAUUACAUCGAUAGAGGCAUUGGGCGGAUACACUUCUAUCAAUCUGCCCGGGAUCCUGAUUGAACACAUGAAGAAGUUAGCAGACUUCAAGGAUGGGAACCAUGGGUUGCCAUAUGGAUUCUUGCUCAUUUAUGUUUUUGAACAUUUUAAAGUGCCCUUGGGGAGAGCAACCGUGGGAACUCAUAAGCAAAUGUUGUCAAUGAAUACCUUGGAAGAAUGCGAGUGUAUUUAUAAGAAGGCGGGAGUUGGUAGUAAUUCUACAAUUUCUCAGUUGAUUGAUGCUUAGAGUGCUGCUAACGAGGAUAUAAGGAGGCUGAAGGCCCUUAAUUUCAUUCUUUAGGGAAAGCUCAGUCAAGCCAGCGCGGAACUUGGUUCUAGUAGUGCUCAAGGUGCUGAAGUUUCCCGCUUGACGACUUAUAAUGCAGAGCUGAGAAAACAUGUUGAGAACCUGAAAGAGCAGCUGAUCAAUGAGCAGAAGGCUGUUUAUGCUCGAGUGGAUGAUCUCCUGAAGGCUCUUGCCCCUUCGUCCUUCCCUCCAUCUUCAAGUGCCCCCUAAAUUGUCCCCUUGUGAGUGUCCACUUUAUCAGCCCCUGUUCUAUUCUCUAGUGUCCUGUUUUGAUAUCUUGUCCCUAUGACUGUGGUACUUUAGUAAUGUUUAUUUUGUGGAUGUUUUGUAAUGAUUGUACUACUAUUUGUUUUUCUUCUCCUUAAAUUUAAUGAGCAUCUUAGUCCUCUUUC